AUGUUAAACAAAAGGGGACUUAAACUACAGGAAUUUUGUAAUGUGUUAAAUCUAAUUCCCGCGAAUGUAUCACCUGUUUGUGAACAUCCCCAAUUUACAUAUAUCUCUAGAACUGGAAACUCUAUUGUUGACUAUGUGAUUAUUGAUAAUACAUUAAUGCAGUUUUUCGAUUCAGUAGAGAGAUCUUGUGAGCAUCCUGACAAUACAGCAUUUCAUUUACCGCUGAAACUAUGCUUGUCUGUCCAAGUUUCGGACCGAAUUUCAAACGAUAUCGGAAAUCACAGUAUAAAUACUUAUGACAAAAUACCAUGGAAACGAUGUACUGCGGAACAACUGAAUAGUUAUCAGGAAAAUCUGAACUUAUUAAUAAGUAAUGCUUGGGAGAAUAUUAAUUUAUGUGAUGCAAACGUUAUUUAUGAGGAACUGAUUGAAAUUAUUAGAAACGCAGAUCAAAUGUUACCAAGAGUGAAUUUUAAAAAGCAUAUAAAACCGUUCUGGAACAAAAAACUUAAAGAUUUAAGAAAAUCCGUCAUGGCUGCAAGAGCAGAUUGGAUAAAAGCAGGAUCUCCAAGACAACGUAGUAAUAUUUUCUAUAUAAAGUAUAAAAAACUAAAAUGCGAAUACAGACGUGAGCAGAGGAAAGCCGUGUGGGAGUAUGAGAGGAAAGAACUUAAUGAUAUCGGUAAUCUGCAAGACUUAGAUAAUGAAAAAUUUUGGAGACUGUUAAAUAAUAAGGCAUGCAGGAAUAACAAAAAGAACAAAAAAAUGGUAUUAGAGGUAAAUGGUAAAAUUAUCACGGAUUCACAGCAAAUGGCAGAUCUUUGGGCAAAUUAUUUUGAACAGUUAGCAACACCUUCAGAAGAUGAGAAUUUCGAUCGAAUUCACCGAAUUGAAAUUGAAAAUGGAGUAAAUGAUAUCGUAGAAAAAUCAGAGAAUGCUCUAGGCUGUAUAUUUACUGUACCGUUAACAACUCAGGAAAUUUCGGAGGUUAUUAGAGGCCUACCAAACGGAAAAGCCCCCGGGUAUGACGGAAUCACGUAUGAGCACCUAAAAUGUGGUGGAGAAAUGAUUAUACAUGCAUUAUUAAAUCUUUACACUUGUAUUAUCGAUAGAGAAGAGAUUCCAAGUUCAUUUAAAUUGGCAGUUAAAAUCCCAAUUCCUAAGGGCAAUAAGAAAACACACAUGUUUGAUGAUCAUCGAGGGAUAAGUCUGCUGCCCUGUGUUAAUAAAAUCUUGGAACGUAUAGUAUUAUCACGAUUACAAAAGCAACAAAAUUGUCUCCAUCAUCCGCUCCAGGGUGGAUAUCAAAAACAACAAGAUGCUCUCACGACAUGUUUUGCAAUUGAAGAGGUGCUAAAUCACUGUUCCGAGGACAAUGAUAAAGUCUAUGCAGCCUAUAUGGACAUCUCAAAAGCUUUUGACACUAUGUGGAUUAAUGGAAUGCUUUACAAGCUAUACUACACCAAAGGGGUAACUGGUAAAACUUGGCGGCUCAUACGAAAUUGGUACUUGAACAUGAAAGAAUUUGUUAUCGUUGAAGGAAAAUCAUCUCGUAUAUACGAGCUAGGGCAAGGUACAAGACAAGGUGGGGUUCUAUCACCCUGGCUUUUCCUGGUAUUCAUAGACAACCUUAUCGAGGAAUUGAGCAACAUUAAAUCUGGAAUUUGCAUCAACACCGUGUAUUUCGGAUCACCCAUGUUUGCGGACGAUCUAACUAUGCUAUCACGUAUGAAAUCUGGACUGGACAAAAUGUUACGAUGUGCUUCGGAAUACAGUAACAAAUGGAGAUUUACAUUUAAUGCUACGAAAACGGUAGUUUUAACGUUUGGUGAAAGCUAUCGGGAACGUAGUGUAAAUCGCAGCAUUAGAGAUUGGCAUCUUGGGUCACGAGUUAUUUUGGAAAAGGAAUGUUGGUUCAAUCUUGGAAAAAUAUGGCAUGUAAAUAAGGAUUCGUCUGCAUUCGUUUCCAAGGCUGUUACCAGAGGAAGAGAAUCCGGAAUGGUUUUAAUGAAAAUGGGAGCUCGAUAUGGAGGAUUAAAUCCUAUAAUUUCAGUUCAGUUAUGGAAGCGGAUUGGUAUCCCAAAGAUGUUGUACGGUUCCGAGCUCUGGCAAUUGAAUUGUAAUGACAUUGUUGAACUGGAAAAAGUGCAAAAUACUACGGUGCGUAUUAUACAGGGGUUAUUACCUGGAAUAUCAGGGUCUGCUGCGAGAGGGUUGCUGGGCUUACCACCAAUCGAAGCUGAAGUCGAUAAACGGAAAUUGUAUUUUCUGGGACGACUUAUACUAAUGAGUCAUGGUGUUCCGUGCAGAAAGAUCUUCCUCAUGAGAUUAAUACGUUGGAAGUGGAACCAUACAAACACCUUAAAAGGAUUCAUUCCAAAUAUUGUACGAAUUCUUUUGAAAUAUGAUCUCAUGGACUUUCUAACAGGGUAUAUUUUAUCCGAUCAAUUUCCAAGCAAAUCUGCAUGGAAGAAAAUUGUUAAAAAACAUAUAUACGAGUACUAUAACAAUAUCUGGCAAGAAAAAAUAAGUACGCAUGGUCAACUAAAACUUUAUGCAGAAGUUCAUCCGGUGAUUGAAAUUUCACCAUGGUGGUUAUUAGCUAGAAUGAAACCGGACUUUAUGAAAGAAAUUAAUGAUGUUCUAAGACUACUCUGUGGAUCUUACAAAAUUAAAGGAAAACGGGUGAACAAACCAGAAACUUAUAGAGACUAUUGUAAUGUUUGUAAUAGCAAUUUCUUAAAUCCUGUAAAGCAUGCAUUACUUUAUUGUAAUGGCACAAGCCAAUUAAGAGAAGAACUAUGGGAAUGGAUAAACGAUACUAUGCCAUUCGAAAUGGCAGUACAUUUAGCAAGUUUGACAGACAUGGAAUUUCUCUUAGUUAUAUUAGGUAAAAAGUUAGAAGCAUUAUGUGCAAACACAGACAUAUGGACGGAGCUAUUGCUGAAAUCUGCAAGUUAUGUUUCCUUUUGUUAUAGGAGUAAUUUAGUUAGCUAG